AUGGAGCAUGUAAGCCAAUUCAACCAGAGGAUGGUCGUUCACUCCAGGGACAAGGCGUUAAUGUGUAAGAUGUUUCCAUCCAGCUUGGGACCCCUGGCAAUGAGAUGGUUUGAUGCCCUUCCGCCGAAUUCCAUAGAUUCCUUUAAACAGCUGACGCAGGCCUUUGGUUCCCGCUUCAUCACCAGCACUAGAGUCCCUCGGCCCCUCGACUCCCUCUUAUCCUUGUCCAUGCGGGAAGGAGAAACGUUGAAGGCCUACUCGGACAGAUAUUGGGAAAUGUACAACGAGAUAAAAGGAAACUACGAUGACGUCGCCAUUAGUACAUUCAAAAGGGGCCUGCCGACAGAGUAUGGUUUAAGAAAGUCCCUCACCGGGAAGCCAGUCACCAGUGUGCGACAACUCAUGGACAGAAUAGACAAAUACAAAAGGGUCGAGGAGGACCAGCAGAUUGGGAAGGGUAAAGCAAAGGUUGUCCCUCGGGAGAGGAGGGACUUCAGGUCGGACAGCUUUGGCAGUGGUAACAGGCCGAGAAGAGAUUACAUGGAACAGUCCGGACCUACUGGGGCUCAGGUAGUCCACGCUGUGUUCCGAGAACCAUUGCACAAGAUCCUGGAGAAGAUGAAGUGCGAACCUUUCUUUCAGUGGCCGAACAGGAUGGCAGGCGACCCCUCAAAACGCAAUCAGAAUCUAUAUUGCGCGUACCAUCAGGAGCCCGGUCACACCACCGACGAUUGCAGGAAUCUGAAAAACUAUUUGGAUCGCUUGUCCGAGAAGGAAAGUUGA